UGUUAGCCUAUUGUAAUUAUAGCAAGUGUAAUUAUAGUAGGAUGCCCUUGAUUAGUGGCAUGUACCAAGGCUGUGCGGUUGGCUUACAGCCACCCCAGCCUCAAUAUAUACCUGUGCCUUGACAUGGAAUAGAAUUAACCUUUCCACAUAUUUCCUACAUGGUAUCAAUCACGUAACGAUCCUGUUCUUCCGCACCCCACGCCGUCGCUGAUCCGAUCGCCGCGCCGCCGCAGAUUUCGUCGCCGGACGUCGCGAUCUCAUCGCCAGCACCUGCUUCCCGAGCCAAUCGCCCACACCUCGUGCUGCUCUCCUUGCCGGGUGUGGCCGCCGGUUCGCUCCCGAUCACCCGCCCCGUCGUUGACAUCGUCACCGGGCGCGGUCGCUGGUCCCGUCUGCCAUGGCGGACGACGACGACGCCACAGCUGCCCAGGCCGCCAAGGACAAGGAGGCCGCCGAUCGCCUCGCGGCCGAGGCCGCUGCCCGUGCUGAUGCAGCACGCCGGGCUGAAGAAGACCGUCUUCGUGCUGCUGCUCUAGACGAGUAUGAGAAAACGCAUGAGGCUCUCUGGGCGCAGGCCACUGCCGUCGUCAACGUCAAGGCCCUCAUCCCCAUCGUCCUCGACAAGGCCACGGACACCUACACCAAGUGGCGCGGCAUAUUCCUCACCGUCCUCGGCAAGUAUGCCCUCACCCGCCACGCCCUUGAGGAUGAGGCGUUCCCCGCCCGCCCGGCAUGGAUCCAGGCGGACUGCUGUGUCCUCACGUGGAUCUAUGGCACCGUCUCCAGCGACUUGCAGCAGUCGUUGAUGAUGCGGCAAGGUCCUGCCCGCAAUGCGUGGUGCUACCUCGAGGAUGAAUUUCUCGGGCAGAAGGAGUCCCGUGCCCUUCUCCUUGAGACACAGUUCCGUACCUUUCGUCAGGAGGCCCUGAGCAUCACCAACUACUGCCGCCGCCUUGAGUCCAUGGCUGCCUCCCUCGCCGACUUCGGCGACCCCAUCGGUGAUACACAAAUGGUCCUCACGCUCCUCCGCGGCCUCAGUGGCAAGUUUCGCCACAUGGUGUCCAUCCUCAAGAUGCAGAAGCCGUUCCCGACGUUCAGUGAAGCCCGUACACACCUCCUGUUGGAGGAGAUGGAGAUCGACGCUCGUCCUCCGUCCCCGCCAGCCGCCCUCGUCGUCGCGCCGUCGCGUCCAGCGGCACCAGGUGCAGCUGCUGCUCCACGUCCGGGCGCACCCCCUCCUCCACGCCCCGCUGCACCGACUGGGGGCCAACGCAACGGACGCCGUCGUGGCCGCGGUGGACGUGGUGCUCCUGCUGCACCCAACGCUGGUGCACAACCUGGUGGACAGGGCAGCGCUUACAACGGUGCUGGUGUGCACCCAUCGUUCAUGCACCCUUGGGCUGGCAGCGUGCGCAUGUGGCCGUACGAUCCGUCAGGACGUCCUCCGCCGCCGCAACCUGCAUUCCACACAGCCCCGCACUAUGGUGGGUACAGUGCUCCUCCCGGUGCCUAUGGUGGCACAUACGCUGGCCCGCCACCCUCGUACAGCAUGUACCACGGGGGAGCUGCACCGCCGCUCUUCCAGGCGCCCUCGCCCUCACCAGCUUACCAGGCAGCGCCCUGGAACCCCACUCACGGCGGCUCUUGGCACCAGGACUCCCUGGCGCACUCCUUCAACACCAUGACGCUGAACCCGCCAACCUCUGAGUGGUACGCUGAUUCAGGUGCUGGUUCGCAUAUGACCUCGGACGCUGGAUUUGCAAACCAGGAACGUGAUCGCCAGGUGCAAUAGUUCUGGUGACCUCUACCCAUUCUAUGCACCUUCCACCAGUGCCUCCGCGUUCAUCGCUGCACCUACCUCCCUUUGGCAUCGCCGUCUCGGUCAUC